GUAAGAAAUGGAGGGAAUUUAUCACUGCCCUGCAAACUACGUGCCCUUGUCACCGAUAAGUUUCCUAGAGAGAGCUGCUACGGUUUAUGGAGAUAAAGUUUCCAUUGUGUAUGGCAGUAAUGUGAGGUUUUCAUGGAAAGAUACAUUUGACAGAUGUGUCAAGGUUGCUUCUGCGUUAGUUCAGUUGAAGAUUUGCCCAGGUGAUAUUGUGGUAGCUUUGGCCCCUAAUGUUCCGGCACUUUAUGAAUUACAUUUUGGUGUUCCGAUGGCUGGGGCAGUUAUUUCUGCGCUUAACACCAGGUUAGAUGCAUCCACAUUGGCUUUGGCAUUAGAACAACUGGAGGCCAAACUCAUUUUUGUGGAUUACCAGUUCACUGAUGCUGUGCUUAAGGCACUGGACCUCCUCUCUCAGAAAAAAGUCAACCCACCCCACCUUGUGGUAAUCCCCGAGUGUGACAAAUCUUCUUCAAUGGACCACAAACACAUUGCCAGUGACCUGGAUUACAAUUGUCUUCUUGAAAUGGGGAGAGAUGAUUUUAGGAUAAUCCGACCGAACAACGAAUGUGAUCCGAUUUCAGUUAAUUACACUUCAGGUUCAACUGGAAAACCUAAAGGAGUGAUAUACAGUCACAGAGCUGCCUAUCUCAACUCCUUGGCUGAGAUAUUCAGAUUUGACAUGAGACAAAUGCCAGUGUUUCUAUGGACAGUGGACAUGUUUCGAUGCAAUGGAUGGUGCCUUACUUGGGCAAUGGCUGCCAUUGGUGGUACCAAUAUCUGCCUCAGAAAUGUCUCGGCAGAAAUCAUAUUCGAUGCCGUAUCUCUUCACAAGGUAACUCACUUCUGCGGCCCACCAGCUAUUUUGAACACCAUUGCAAAUGCACCAGCCAGAGCUAUUAGUUCCCAAAGUCCAUUUCCAUGCGGUGUUAAUGUUGUUGUGGCCGGAUCAUUGCCAAAUUCAGAGAUUCUGACCAAGGUUGAAGGUUUGGGAUUUAAUGUGUAUCAUGGUUACGGCAUGACAGAAGCUCUUGGUCCAGCAACUAUGAGGCCAUGGAAAUCUGAAUCGGAUUCUACGUUCGAAAUUGAACAAGAAGAAAUCAGGAGGCGAGAAGGACUCCACAACCUUUUACUUGAAGGGGUUGAUGUAAAGGAUCCAAAGACCAUGGAAAGCGUACCGAAUGAUGGGAAAACCAUUGGUGAAGUGAUGUUUAGAGGCAACAUUUUGAUGUCAGGGUACCUGAAAAGUACAGAAAUUACUCAAGAAACCUUAAAGGGUGGAUGGUUUCAUACAGGAGACCUUGGAGUAAGGCAUCCGAAUGGUUACUUACAAAUGAAGGACCGAGCUAAGGAUAUUAUCAUCUCAGGGGGGGAGGCUAUAAGCACAUUAGAGGUGGAAGCAGUAUUGUUAAGUCAUCCAAAGGUUUCAGAGGCUGCCGUUGUUGGACAGCCUGAUGCUCUUUUGAAUGAGGUGCCAUGUGCAUUUGUGAAAUUGAAGGAAGGUUUUGGUGCUAGUGCUGAAGAGAUUAUUGAGUUCUGUGAUGAUCAAUUGCCAGACCUUAUGAUUCCAAGAACUAUAGUGUUUGGGGAAUUACCAGUCAAUUUCUCUGGAAAAGUGCAAAAAUUCGCUAUGAGGGAGAUGGUCAAUGCCAACACCAGCCUUGCCAAUUGUUGAAGGUUCUAUGGCAUGCCCUCUUUCCUCUAUUCACAGUUAUCAUGGUUCGACUUACUUCUCUUGGAUUGUGC